AUGCUAUUUGGUGGUGAUGCUGAUCAAGUUCAACACCCUAACAUAGGGCAAUUCGAUGAAGGCAGUAGCAAUCAUGUUGAACGACUAAACAUAGUGCCGUUUGGAGAAGGCAGCAGCAAUCAAGUUCCAAGAACAAUGCGCUUAACUCAUAUAAGGCAAAUUGCCCGAUCCAAUAGGACACGCUUGCCUCGGGAUGGACUAAUACAAAGUUUCACUAAUAAUGGUAAUCGCACAAACUACCAUAGUACAACUUUGAAAAAGAUAAACAUCAAUAUCAUCAUUACUGUUGCUGCAAUCAUAGUAGGUGGUGAAGGAUCAGAAAACAUUAGAGGUCGAGAUAUUGUUGUGCAAACUACAGAUGGUCAACUUAAGAGUAUCAAAGACUGUGUCGGCUACUAUGACCCUUUACAAUAUCCAUUGUUGUUACCUUAUGGAACAUAUGGAUGGGAUGUGAAUACUCGAAAUAACAACAGCAGAAAAGUGACAUGUUGUGACUAUUAUUCGUAUCUUCUUCAGAUCCGUCAACAUGACGAAUCGCUUCUACUUCGUGGUGGCCGCCUAUUGCAACAAUAUGUAGUUGAUAACUACGUCAAGAUCGAAUCACAAAAGCUUAGAUGGAUGCGUAAUAAUCAACACACAAUUCGAUCUGAAUUUUAUCGAGGACUGCAAGACUCAUUAAUUGCAGGACAAAAUAAUGCAGAAAUAAGUGAUGAGCUACUACCUGGCCAAACACCACAAGAUCGACCAGAUUUGCUUACAAGGGUUUUUCGUGCAAAAUUUGAAGAGUUGAAGAAUGAUGUUAUAAAAAAAGGUGUUUUAGGCAAAGUUCUUGCAUAUGUAUAUGUCAUUGAGUUUCAAAAGCGCGGUCUCCCCCAUGUUCACAUGCUUCUCAUGUUAGAAGAAAAUGAUAAGCUUAAUAGUCCAGAUGAUUAUGAUCAGGUGGUACGGGCUGAAAUACCAAAUCCAAAUGAAGAGCCUGAAUUGUAUGGUGCCGUCUUAAGGCAUAUGAUACAUGGUCCAUGUGGAAUACACAAUUCACGAUCACCCUGUAUGAAACGUGGUAGCUGUAAACGAAAUUAUCCUAAGCCAUUUGCACCAACUACAGUUCAAGGAAAUGAUUCUUAUCCAGUUUAUCGUAGAAGAGACAAUCAUGAUCCAAUCCCAUUAGAUCAUAAUGCACGUAUAAUGGUGGAUAAUCGGUGGGUCAUUCCGUACAACUCAUGGCUACUCCUCAGAUAUGAUUGUCAUAUUAAUGUUGAGAUUUGUUGCAGCACUAAGAGUGUUAAGUAUCUGUACAAAUAUGUUUACAAAGGUCCCGACCGAGUAGCUUUUGAAGUCCAUCAUGAACCUAUUCAAGAUGAAAUAAAGCAGUUUGUUGAUGCAAGAUGGGUUUGUGCACCUGAAGCUUUAUGGAGAAUAUUCAAAUUUGUAACUAAUCGACUUUAUCCAUCGGUGGAACGAUUACAAAUUCAUCUUCCUGAAGGACAAACUAUUCAUUUUUACCUUCACCAAAGAGUAGCAGAUAUUUUGGCAGAUGACACUAACUCGAUGACUAUGCUGACAGAGUUUUUUACCAAGAAUACCACUUGCCCGGAAGCAAGACAAUACUUAUACCGGGAAUUCCCUGAACGGUUCAAAUGGAGUCAAAGAGAUAAACUCUGGAGUGAGAGGAUGAAUAACCAUAAAGUUAUUGGCCGGAUAUAUGCAGUCUCGCCGAAUGAGGGUGAAAAAUUCUACUUACGCAUCCUUCUUAAUCAUGUUAGAGGACCAACAUCAUUUAAGAACUUAAGAACAGUCAAUGACAUUGUACAACCAACAUUUAAGAAGGCAGUGGAACAACGAGGUUUGCUAGAAGAUGAUGAUAGCAUUAGACAGUGUCUCUGUGAAGCCACUAACAUUCGCAUGCCGUCAGCUUUGCGAAGGUUGUUUGUUACCAUCUUAGUUUAUUGUGAGCCACAUGGAGUAAGAAGAUUAUGGGAUGAAUUUCAUUCAUUUAUGGUGGAAGAUUAUUCUGUUUCAAGUACCACAAAUAAUACUUCUAUCUUGAACAAGCUUUUGCAAGACUUGAACGGACUAUUAGUGCAACAUAGUAAGUCUGUAUCUGAUUACGAUUUACCACAAAUAACACAAGAUUGUGUUAGAGACAACACAAUUCCAAGGAUAAUACAAGAUGAAGUUUCACUUGACAUCUCUGAAGCAGACCUCAAUGCGGUACAAAAUCUAAAUGAAGACCAAAUGGCAGCGUAUAACUUGAUUGUGUCUGCUAUUGAACAACGAGACAAUGCCAUAUUUUUUGUGGAUGGUCCCGGAGGGACAGGAAAGACAUACUUAUAUCGUGUUUUGUUAGCAACCUUAAGGAGUAAGGGUCAUAUUAUAUUGGCAACAACAACAUCUGGAAUUGCAGCAACCAUAUUACCAGGUGGAAGGACAGCACACUCUAGAUUUAAAAUUCCCCUCAGUCCAGAUGCAUCUUCCACAUGUUCUAUUAGUAUCCAGUCAGAUUUGGCAGAAUUGAUAAGAAAAACAUCAGCUGUUGUUUGGGAUGAAGCACCAAUGGCACACAGGUUUGCAUUUGAGGCUCUCAAUCGAACGUUCAAAGAUAUAAUGGGCGUUGACCUACCAUAUGGAGGAAAGGUCAUAAUCUUUGGAGGAGAUUUUCGACAAGUUCUUCCAGUUGUUCCAAAAGGUACAAGAUCUAAAUUGAUGCAAGCAAGUAUGAUUAAUGCUUCAUUUUGGGAACACGUGAAAAUCAUUCGUCUUAGGCAUAACAUGAGAUCCAUCAAUGACCAAGACUUUUCAGAGUUCUUACUUCAUGUUGGUAAUGGGGAACAAGAAACUAUGAUAGACGACAUGAUGCAAUUACCAUCAUCUAUGGUUAUUCCAUGGAAUGGUGAAGAAUCCAUUGUCCAAUUGGUUAAUGAAGUUUUCCCCGAUUUGGAAUGUCAUGUAUGUGAUGCAAGAUACUUGGUGGAAAGAGCAAUUAUAACACCAAAAAAUAAGGAUGCUGACAAAAUAAAUAAAAUGAUCAUCGAUAAAUUUCCGGGGAUUGAACAUAUCUUAUACUCUUUCGAUUCAGUUGAGGACGAUGUGAGAAAUUUGUAUCAACAAGAAUUCUUGAAUUCAAUCUCACCUGGUGGAAUGCCCCCUCAUCAGUUAACUUUGAAAAAAGGUGCCCCGAUAAUGCUUUUGAGAAAUAUCGAUCCGAAGAUGGGGUUGUGCAAUGGUACAAGACUGGCGUGCCAUGGAGCUUACAAUAAUCUAAUUGAUGCCGAAAUCUUAUCUGGACAAUUUGCUGGAACUAGAGUGUUUUUACCAAGAAUCUCUUUAAAGACCACAGAAAGUGCAGGACUCCCAUUCGAAAUGAUGAGAAAACAGUUUCCAGUGAAAUUGAGUUUUGCACUAACUAUAAAUAAAUCACAAGGGCAGACAAUACCAAAUGUGGGUAUUUAUCUACCAGAUCACGUAUUCAGUCAUGGACAAUUGUACGUGGCUUUAUCAAGAGGAGUUUCAGCGUCUACAACAAAAGUCUUGGUAAAGAAAGGAGAGUUACACGGUAACGAAGGAGUCUUCACAAGAAAUGUUGUGUACAAAGAUAUUUUGCUUCCCUCGAAUUCAACAUAA